AAAGAACUCGAUGUAAAUUAUUUGUUAAAUUUAUUUCUACACCAGCCAAUGUGAUAUUGUGUUAAAUUCAAAGAUGUUCUGGCGAUUCUUAAAAGAAGUACAAACCUAGUUUAAAGAAGCAAACAGUCAUGUUUCUAAAUUGACCGUCGGAAAUCUUGUAAUUGUAUGGAUACCUCAACAGCAUCUAAUUUAGGUGUAGAAGUGUGAUGGGCGGCGUGUUCUCUUCGCACGAGUGUCGCGCGGGCUGCGGCGGUGCACGCUGCUGCUCGUGUGCGACUCCCAUCCCGGGCUGCCCCGCGCCCGCCGCCGGCUGCCCCUUCGACCAGGGCUGCCACUUCCCCGCGCCCCCCUGCCCGCCCCCCGAGCCCGCCUGCCUGCCGCGCCUCGGCUUCCUCUCCACCUGCCCACAGCAACCAUCCUUCUCAUCAAACCUCUUUGGAGGAAGCCAAUUCUCCUCCAGCCAUAAUUUCUCCGGAACAGGAAGCCAAGUGUUCCCGUGCCCCCAGAACAGCUUUGGAAAGUCAAGCAACUGCCAGUGUCCUCCAAACAGCUUCGGAAGGUCAAGCAACUGCCAGUGUCCUCCAAAAGUUAUUUCCAUACCGAUGUUUGGGCCGAACCAGUUGAAGCAGAUGUUUUCGUCAAAGUCCUUUCAGUCCCAGAUGGGUCCAGGACAGAUGUGCGGGGGACAGUCCAUGAGGCAGAUGUGUCCCGCCAAGCAGCAGUCAUGUGCGGGAAGUCCAUCGGGACAGAUGUUCCCCGGACAGAUGUGCCCCGCCCGCUCGAGCAUACGCUUCGAGUGUCCCCCGCAGCCCGCGUGUCCCCCCCCGUGCCCCCCUCCGUGCCCCGCCCCGUGCCCCGCCGCGCAGCCACAGAUGAAGCCACAGAGGUGCUGCGACCCCAAGCUGUGCGCGCAGUAUGACCAAAUGUAUGGAGGGACAGAUUCUUUGAGUAGCGUAGAUUCAAUUCCAGAUUCUUGCGAAGAAGAGCAGAAAGAGAAAUGCUGCGGUUCGAAGAGAAAGCUUUACCGAGACAACCGCUGCGGCUCGUCGACCAUCAUCGGCUCGAUGCAGGAGGUGCGGUCGGAGCGGCAACGUCGCAUGGUGUGCCGCGACCCGUCGCACCACGGCGGGUGCGGCAAGUCCAGGCGAGUCCCGGUCCGGCCGCCGCCGCAGCCCGGCUGCCCCGCCGGCGCCUGCUGCUCCAGCUCGCGCGAGGUGCGCCCGCGCCGCCCCGGCCCAACCUGCUCCCGGCCCAGCUCACAACCCUGCUCCCGGCCCAGCUCCCAGCCUAGCUCCUGUUGCGGCUCCAAAACGAACCUGCACUCUGGCUCCGCCCCGUGUCAGCGCUCGAAGAAAAGUAGAAGCAAGGUUACAGUUCAGGAGCCAAAAGCUAAACGAACUCCUCGUCCGACACCGCGUUCAUCCACCAGGUCUAUACCUCAGUAUGAAGAAGAGUAUUCCGAAGAGUCAGAGGAAGCGCCUCCCGUGUGCCCCGCGCCCUGCCUCAAACGCCGGCCGCCUAGACCUAGACCCAGACCUCCGCCGCCACCGCCGCCGCCGCCGCCGGAGUAUCGCGACUACAACACUAACAACGAGGGUCCGGACCUCUACAAGAACUCGAAGAGCAAGGCGAGUGACUUCCUGAGGAUCUUCCUGGUGCUGGGCGGUGAGUGCUGCAAGAUCCUGCUGCAGCUGGUGUUCCUGCUGCGGCAGUACCUCGGCAAGAUGUGCAACGAGGUGAUGACGCGCAAGAAGUGCUACACGCAGCGCUGUUGUGGGUCGUGAAGAUGAUCGUCGCAAAAGAUACUCACCCAUUUAUUGUCAUUCGUCUUCUAUUUUUGGUUUGAAAAUUUUUGUUUGUAGUUUUUCUUGUAUUUUUUAUCUUUAUGCCGUAAUAAAUACUGUAUUUGAAUUAAAAGCUACUAA